AUGGUGGACCCGGUGGGCUUCGCCGAGGCGUGGCGCGCCCAGUUCGCCGACUCGGAGCCGCCCCAGAUGGCGCUGCGCUCCGUGAGCGACAUCGAGGCGGAGCUGGAGUGCUGCAAGGCGUCCAUCCGCAGCCUCGAGCUGGAGGUGAACAAGGAGCGCUUCCGCAUGAUCUACCUGCAGACGCUGCUGGCGAAGGAGAGGAAGAGCUACGACCGGCAGCGCUGGGGCUUCGAGCGCGCUUCGCGCGGCGCCCCCGACGACCAGGCGGGCGGGGGCGAGGACCACGACCGCGGCGACAGCGAGGAGGCGGCCGCCGAGCCUCCCGCACACGCCAGGCCGCCGCCGAGCGACAAGCCCCCGCGCCCCCGGCCGCCGGCCCUGCGCAAGCUCUCGGCGCACGGCGACUGCUCGGAAGCCGAUCACCCCGCGCUCGGCGACGGCGGCGGCGAGCAGGAGCGCGGCACGCUCGCGGCGGCGGACGAGAGGCUGCCGAGGGAAGCGGGGCUGGGCUCCUCGGCCAAGGCCCGCCAGGGCCCCGGGGCCGGUGGCGGCGGGGGCAGCAGCGGCCGCCGUCGCCGCCUCCUGAGCGCCGGCGCGGAGAAGGAGGGCGCCCGCGACCUGGCGCGCCAGGAGCGGGGCGGCGGGGCGGCGCCGCGCUCCGGCUUCGAGCGCGCGAGGAGGCCCGCGCCGCCCCAGGCCGCCGCGGAGAAGCCGCUGUACGCCAACCUGGAGUACCACCAUGAGAAGGGGCUGGUGAAGGUCAACGACAAGGAGGUGCCGCGGCACAUCAGCUCGCUGGGCAGCCAGGCCAUGCAGCUGGAGGCGCGCAGGCGGCUGCCCGCGCCGCCGCGGGGCCGCUCGGCCGAGGGCGACGCCGACUAUGAGGACGCCGAGCUGAACGCGCGCUUCCUCCGGGAGCACCUGCUGCCGCUGCCGCCGCCCGACGCCUGGCCGGGGCCGCCGGACUCCCCGCCCUGCCAGGGCGCCCUCGGGGGCGGCGCGGCCGCGCGCGCGGCCGUUCCGGUUGAGGGAGACCCCCCCGGGGGCGGCAGGGGCGCCGCGCUCCUGCGCCAGGGCGCCGCCGAGACCAGCCUCACGUGGCCGCGCUGCUCCUACUCUCCGCCCGCCGGCAGCUUCGAGGACGGCGGCGGCGGCGGGUACACGCCGGACUGCAGCUCUAACGAGAAUCUCACGUCGAGCGAGGAGGACUUUUCGUCGGGCCAGUCCAGCCACGUGUCGCCCAGCCCCACGUCCACCUGCCGCCUCUACCGGGCCAAGAGCCGCUCCCCCUCGCAGCAGUCCUUCGACAGUGGCAGCAGCCCCCCGACGCCCCAGUCGCAACAGCGGCGGCGGCAGCAGCAGCAGGUCGGGGCGCCCGAGGUUGCUGUGGCGGGGAUCCCCAAGAUCUGGGCCUGCGAGAGUGACCUGCCUGCGCCCCGGCCCAGCCCGGACAGCUGCUUCCAUGGUGACUCAGUGUGCUUGGAGUGA